AUGCAGAAGAGAAACGUACAAUUCAUAUCUACAGCAAAACUUCCAUGCAGCCUGCAGACUUUACAGACUCGCGAUCAAUUCGACUCGUCGGCAUAUGCCGCAAAAAACAUCAUCAAGCGAGAUUUUGCCAUCAUUGGCGGAGGAGCAGUAGGGACUUAUGCAGCAAUCAGUUUGGCCGAUCAAAACAAAACCUUCACCCUGGUCGAAGUCACGGACCAACUUGGAGGACACACCAAGACCUUCCAAGACCCCACAACUGGGGCCACUGUCGACUAUGGCGUGCAGCUCCACCUCAAUUGCUCGAUCGUUCGCGAUGUUUUUGCCCGUUCGCGCAGCCCUCUGGCAGCUUUGGAGCCCUCGAGUUACGGCAAUCCCGAAUAUUACGACUUUACCAAGCAAGUUGCCCUUACCAACUACAAACCGGGCUCUAUCCAGUCCGACUGUGCUACCGCACUAAAUAAUUAUCCCUAUCUCGAAGAUCUUAAGCACAAUCUCUCCUCCGGCUCAACCCAGGGUGGUCUCUCAUGGCCAGCGACCCCUGGCAAUCCAUUGGACACCACCGCUCUUGCCAUUUUUAACGAUGGCAAUAAUGUCGAGUUGGAAGAUUUUGAAGGAGCUGCUGUUCACGGUGCCAAUAACGACAACUCAGAGAUUUACGUUAACGCUCUGGCCGAAUUGAAGUCGAACGUGUUUCCGCAAUUCUCCAUCAUUGCAGCUAAGCGUGCAUUGACCUGCAAGAGCGGCGUGCAGCUCCUUAUCAUUGCUAGGCCGCCGAUCUUGGACGACACCAAGUAUUUCGGUCUCGACCAGCAGGAGCAUGCCAUUCUGAGCAAGCUUUCUGGCAAGAAUUACUACGGUGGCGUCAUGAACAACACCGGGCUUGAGGAGGGCAUUGCUUAUACCAACGCCGGCGCGGACACACAGUACCAUGUCGCCAGUCUGCCCAGUGUGGCUGAAGUUGAGGAUGCGACUCGAAGCACCAUCAAGUGGCUGCAGACCGAGAACAAUUUUACGGCCCUAGAGCCAAAUUUUGUCGACUACCAGGAUUUCUCACCGUUCCAUCUGAGCCCUCCGACUGAGGACAUUGCUGACGGCUGGUAUGGCAAGAUGAAGGAUCUCCAGGGUCAUAGGGACACUUGGUAUAUCAGUUCUUUGUUGGUCAUUGGCUCGACCCAGGUCUGGAACAGCACUCACACAUGCUUCCGGAUAUUAUCAGCGCUGCUCAGUCUUAGUGCGUUCGCGGGUUGGGCUAUAGAUAUUCAAAAACCUCUUCCGCGCAGAGUGGUGCCUGUCUAUGUGCUUCAUUCAUGUAUCGCCUAG